AGUUAUAUUCCAGUUUCGUAUUCAGGUGACAGAUCCAGCAUGAAGCUCGUGCUUUGGCUCCUAGCCCUCUCCGGCUACAUCAUAGUUGUCCAGAGUCAUCUUCAGACCAUCGUAGCAAACCCAGGAGGCAUUGGUGGUAUAUAUAAAGGACCUGAUUCAGAAACGAUAGUUAAAGGCCCAGAUGGCAGCGUAAUCACUUCCCAAGAAAAAGGUGGCCUCAUAGCGACUGAACAAAAAUUAGAACCCAUCGUAGCUGCUGAACCUGCUGUCCUCGAAGUAUCUCAACCAAUUGGUCCUGAAUAUAUAGAAGAUGGCCGUGUUAUUCCGUUGGGGUAUUCCGAAACGGCGAUCGGGCCUGCUGGACCUUCGUUGGUUGAAGAUGGGUACAUUGGACCAAUCGUACAAUCCAAUCCAGUUAGUCCAACUCUAGUAGCGCCUUUGGAACCAUUUAUUCCCGGUACAGUAGCUCCACCAAUACAAUCAGUGACUCCAUUUUUAACCACUAGACGCCUAGACAUCAAAGGAACUGUAGCACAACCUUUACCACCGUCUAUACAUCUUGUUGCUCCAUCUCCACAUUUACAUAAUAUCGCUCCAUCAGUAGUACCAGUAGCUCCAGCUGUACAACCAGUAGUUCCAGUGGCGGUACCGGCAGUCCCUGUAGGGCACAAGGUUGAUAUUGUUGAACAAGAUCCACAUAUUAUCGAAACAAAAAUCAUAGAUGCUCCUGCCAUUGAGUCCAAGGAAUCUACUGACUUGGUAGGUCCUUCUGGAAGCAUUUCUACAAGAGGAUCUGAAUCUGUAGUUUCUGGACCUGCCUCCACUACCAUUACAAAAACCGCUAAAGUAAUUGUGGCUCCUCCAGUAGUAGCAGUACCAGUGAUCAGACCAGUUGUUACUCCAGUAGUACCACCUGUGCAUUCUCCACCCCUUGUCGAAAUUAACAACGAACUACCUUUAGCAUCGAAUGGUCCAGAAAUUUAUUCAUCAGUAAGGCCUAUAUUGUCGUCCACAAUAGCCCCACCAAUAAUAUCGUCAACCGUUUCUCCUCUUUCCGUUUCUACGGUAGCUCCACCAGUUUUAGGACCUAUUGUAUCUACUUUGAGUCCACCAUUACAUAAAUAUGAAGGACCUCAUAUUGCAGCAGUACGACCAAUCCAUGUAGUACCAGGCAGUACAAUUUCACAACCACAGGUACCAGUAUUUGCGACAGGUUUAUUAACAGGAGAAGAAUUUGAGGGUGUCAGACCUUCAGACAUUUCUCAUAUACCUGUACAUUCUUCAACGGCAGUACCCCAUCCUGGACAAGGCGUUUUAGCCACGGCUACUCCAGGAAUCGUUGUGGAAGAUGAAGGCGCUAGCGGUUUCAUUCAUCCUGGUGGUGCUUACCCUGGAGUACUUUCAAGUACAUUAAUUCCAGUAACUUCCACUAUUUCGCCCCUUAGUUAUGAUCAGCAGCAUAUAAAUGGACGUUUUGGUGGCAAAAUUCAGCCACAAAAUAUUAUUCCUCCUGAAAUACAUUCUAGUACUUUAGUACCAGUAUCUUCUACCGUUACACCACCUAGUUAUAAUGAACAACGUCUACAUGGACAGUUUAAUGGGCCAAUUCAGCCACAAAAUAAUAUUUUUCCUGGAGUACCAGUAUCUACCAACGUUGCACCACCUAGUUAUAACCAACAACAUAUACAUGGACAUUUUGAUGGACAAAUUCCUACCCAAAACAUUAUUCCUCCUGAAAUCGGGAUUCACCGAAAAGUUAUUAAUGUUGAUGGACCCAAAGCUCCAGGAUUGAUUAACCCUCCUUCUUUACAAGGAAUAGACAACGAUAAUAUACAACGAGUUGAUGAAGAACCGACAAUUUUAGAACAUAAUAUACAAAACGGUUAUUACCAUAACGAAUAUUUAGUCGGCAACACCGAAAAUGAUUAUAACUUAAAUAGACCUUUACUAAGCAACACGAAUCCUAUUCAAAACAGUUACCAAGCACCUGUUGCACCUCCUGCUCAAGUCGAUGUAGCCGCCUUAUCGGCCAGAACUGAUUCCCAGCACGAUUACGAGGAUCGAGCCAGUGCAAGCUUAUGGAAUCGAUAUGGAAGGAAGACAGGGAAUAGAAAGUAUUAAUAAUAAGUAUUAUUCUGCGAUUUUAAAUACUAGUCACGGUUUUUCAAAGAGGUGGUGGUUUUUUUAUAACUGUUGUUUUUAUUUAUUGUAAAUGUAUUAAAUAAAAUUUUUUUUAACUGUUUUAAAUUUAUUUU